GACUAACGACUAACGACCUGGUAAGUUCUACCCCAGACCCGUCAUUGGCACUCUUUUUCCUUUUCUUCCAUCUCUUCUUCUGUUGGUGUUGUUGUCAUUUUGUCGUCGUUGCUCUUUCCCUCCUUUGUUUCCGCUGCACUUCGAGGCGCUGGACUAUUUGCCCGCUACCGUUGGCUUUUUUUGUAUUCGAUUUGUGAUUUUAUCUGUUGCCCUCCUCUGUCUAAUUUGCUGGAUCUCCGACUAGGUGUCUUCGAUCUUUUUGUAUGCUUUGUCUGCCCUGAAAAUAAGGGCACCACUCACGUCGCCGAUUGCCGCAGGCCGCCAUACCGUGCGACUUCUUGGAAAACACAAUCCAAGAAAAAAAAAAAGCCUCAAACAACAAAUACCCUUAUAAUUAAUCACCGCUGAUGACACCCUCCUUCUGCCAUUCUUGACCAAUAAAGCAAUUUUCGCAUCCCACGACGCCCGACCUUUUCGCCCAAAAGUGAACCCACUCGAAGUGUCCAGAUAAAAGGGUCAUGACGGCCUCGCCGCCAGGUUCGCCGUCAGGUGCGCCUCAGCGACUCAGUGGCAUCAUGCGUACCCCCAGGAGCACCAGUCGUUUGAGCAUGAGUUCUAAACAAGGCGGAGGAAGCCGGGCCUCUGAUGAGGAUGGCAAGACGGCUGUCAAAGUUGCUGUCCGUGUCCGACCUCCAUUGAAGCCCGACGACCCGAAUUAUGAAUUAAUUCCGCAACGUUUCCAACGUUCCAUGGUCCACGUCACCACACCAACAAACUUAGCCGUGGAUGUGCCGCAGGGUCGCAAAUUGUUUGUGUUUGACCGGGUCUUUCCCGAAACGGUAGAUCAGGCUGGUAUCUGGGAAUACCUCAACGACAGCGUCACUUCUUUCCUACAGGGAUACAAUGUCUCGAUUCUGGCCUAUGGCCAAUCCGGUGCCGGUAAAUCCUAUACGAUGGGAACAUCGGGGCCCAAUGAACAGACUUCGAGUCAAGGAAUGGGAAUCAUCCCACGCGCCGCCCAACAUCUUUUCGAACAAUUGGAAGGUCCCCCAAAGCACAAUCGCAACGGCUCCACCGGUUUACGGACGCCCGCGCGAUAUUCGAUUAGCUCAGCUUCAAGUUUCAGCAAAGCGAACACCGAAAAGGACUGGCAGAUGAAAGCUACUUAUGUUGAAAUUUACAAUGAGCACCUGAGAGAUCUCCUUAUCCCGGAUUCAACGCCCGCAAGUGAGCGUACCACGGUUACCAUUCGCGAAGACACGAAGGGUCGCAUCAUUCCUACCGGUCUGCACCAGGUCAACAUCAACUCGAUCGAUGACCUCCUAGGCGCGUUGAACUUUGGCUCGACCAUUCGACAGACAGACUCGACUGCGAUUAACGCGAAGUCUUCUCGAUCGCACGCGGUGUUCAGUUUGAACCUGGUUCGGCGCAAAUCCGCGAACGGAAUCACCUCCACCAAGGACAAGCGGAUGUCCAUGCCCGCCGAUUUACCAUCUGGUUCUGAUGUCUCCGUUACCGUGGAGAGCAAGUUCCAUUUUGUUGAUCUUGCUGGAAGCGAACGGCUGAAGAAUACCGGAGCGUCUGGAGAGCGCGCCAAAGAGGGUAUUUCUAUCAACGCUGGUCUGGCUGCCUUGGGCAAGGUCAUCUCGCAGUUAUCCUCUCGUCAAGCAGGCUCUCAUGUCUCCUAUCGUGAUUCAAAACUUACACGGCUCCUGCAAGAUUCUCUGGGCGGAAAUGCGUACACCUACAUGAUUGCGUGUGUGACGCCAGCCGAGUUUCACCUCAGUGAAACGCUGAACACAGUCCAGUAUGCGCAGAGAGCAAGGGCGAUCCAAAGUAAACCUCGAAUUCAGCAAGUGCAUGAUGAGAGCGACAAGCAUGCCGUGAUUGAAAGACUCAAAGCGGAAGUGGCAUUUUUGCGACAGCAGCUCCGCAAUGCUGAGGAUAAUGAAAGGCGCAGCGUCGAUCCCCAAGACCGGUCAGAGCGUCAGAAUGAGAGGGAGGCUGAUCUCCAGAACCAGCUCCUCGAUGUUCAGGAAAGCUACAAUGCGCUCAGUCAACGACAUGCUAAGUUGAUCUCCGAGCUUGCUAGAGAUUCGGAAACGGAAGAGAGCACUGAUCCGAAUGAUGCCGCUUCAUACAUCGGCAAAAACUCCAUUGAAAGGUUGAAACGGUCUCACUCUUUUGCGGAAUCUGUUGAGCAAGUGGUGCUGGAAUAUGAGAAGACCAUCCAGAGUCUCGAGUCAUCCCUUUCCAAUACGCGAUCCUCCCUAUCGGCAACUGAAAGCACGCUUCUUGAGCGUGAGACCAGAUGCACGUACGUCGAAACCGUAAAUACCCAACUUCAGGCUCGCAUCCAGAAGCUUCUCGAACGAGAAUCCGGCACAGAAACCUAUCUCCAUGAACUGGAGUCUAGGCUUGAUGGGCAGUCCUCCGGUGAAGAGAAACAAGCAGCCAUCAUUUCAGAGCUUCGUAAAGAACUGACUCGCGCGCGCGAAAGUGAAGCUAACUGCGAAGAUUACAUAACGACGUUGGAAGAGCGCCUCGCGGAAGCCGACCAAGAUAUGGAACUUAUGCAGCGAGAAGUGGAUCGCCUGGAGCAUGUCAUCGAGCGUCAAAGGAGCCUGGGCAAGUUGGAUAACCUCCUAUAUGAUCUUGAUCACAGCCAGCCGAACGGUAGUACAGCAAGGGACCACGAAGAACCGGAGAUGCAGACGCCUGUCAAGCGUGCUUACCAUCCUCAAAGGCGGGCAGCGUCCCUUGAUGUGCUGACUGAAGCCGUUGAAACCGCUAUACCGGAAUCUGAUGAGGACUCGGGUGAACCCGCCCCAGAGGUUGAGGGUGACACCCUCAACUCGGAGCCGGCUUCUGAGGCUAACGACGAUCUCAAAGCGUUGGAGAAUGCUACCGAUCGCCUCCAGAUCGACCGAAAUGAACAAGUCCAAGAUCGGACCCCUAGCCCGACUCAGUCCAGGGUCGUUGCGGAUAAGCUCGAGACGGUCACCCAGGAGCUAUUCGAUUUGCGUACGCAGCACGAGUCUACAGUGAACGAGUACGAGUUGCUCGAAGCCAAGUAUGAGCAAGCCAUGAAGGACUUGGCCGACCUGCGGCAGGACGCUGCGGACGAAGCUCGGCAUGCCUCACCCGAUGCCCGCCAGCUCAUUUCACCAGCCCCUACUUCGCGACCGGUGUCUUUUUUAGAGGAUGUCAAGGCCCCCGACUCGAAGACUGGAAUACAACAGUCCUCCUCGCGAUCACUCUCAUCGGAGUUAUCCUUGGUCGGGGAGCCUGCUGCUUCGCACGAAUCAUCUAACGCCAAGUCCGGACCCGAAGCAGAAAACUUUGUAGAUGCAGUGUCCGAAAACGACGAGGCCAAGGCACAGGAGGUCGAGCACAUGCGCAGACUGCUCUCUGAGCAUCAGGAAGGUGUCAGUAUUAUGACCCAAAAAUAUGCUGAGCUGCAAGCCGAACACGCUGAGACACUACAUCUCAUCGAAACACUCAAGUCCGAACUCCAGAAGCCAAGAGCUUCUCCUCCCACAACACCAGGCUAUAAGCCUGUGAUUCGGAGGAAGUCAAGCCAAACCCUGAUUGGAAAUGUCGACCGAGCGCAUCGCUCCCUAGCUGCCUUGCGGAACAUCGCAGUGGAAGAAUUUGACCGUCGUCCUGAUACGAUGCAAAACUUCGAGGUACAUUUGGACUCAGCUAUGCAUGAACUGCACAAUCGCAUGGAACGCAUUCAAGCCUUGGAAGCUGAAAACCAAAGCGUGAAGAAGGAAAUGGAGACGAAAUCGACCAUCAUAUCUGGGCUCACUCGUGAACGUUCCAGUUUGCAAGGUACCGGUUCGUCAGUAGAUAUGGGUCUUGUCUCCCAGUUGCGCGACCAAGUUGUCCAGCAGGAAAACAUCAUCAACGAGAUGAAGGAAGCCCAUGAGGCCAGAGAAAAGCUUCUGCUUGACGAAAUUGAGGAGUUGAAGGCUCUUCUCAAGACUCAAGAGGAAGCUGCUAAAGCAUAUGAUGCAGGUGCCGAGGAGCAGGACAAGAGGAUCGGCCUUCUUGAGGGCGAAUUGACCCAGUGGAAGACCAAGCACCAGAGCGCUGUUGAAUCCCUGCAAUCUUCAGAGCAGCAACUUAGCACCACGCUUGCAGAGCUCAACAGUGCUCUGGCCACUCUGGAUUCAAUGCGCGCCGAAAGAGCCGCUGCUGGUGAAGCAUCGUCUGCCGAGAAGGAGGCGGCCGCAAAGGCUCUGGAGAACGAGAGAUCCCAGCAGCAGGAGCUUGUUGAGGGACUGAAGCGCGAUAUCGAGCAGCAUAAAUCUACAGCUGCUGCUCAUGUGGACACAAUUUCUUUCCUAGAGAAGUCCCACGGUGCAGCCCAGGAACAGCUGAGGGAGCUCCUCGCCUCAAAUGACGCCAGUGGAAAUGAAAUCGAAGCGCGCCAAAACCGUGUUUCUGAACUUGAGCAGGAAAUCGAGUCCCACAGAUCACAUGCUGAUUCAUACAAAAAGGACUUAGACUCCUUGCAGGAAUCACACAAAGCAGAGCUUGUCGAGUUGGAGGCACGGGCUAAGGCUGCGGCGCAGGCCGAAUAUGAACUGCAGCUCACGGAGAAGGACACCGAGCAUGACAACGCCCUGAAGGCUCUGAGGUCUGAGAUCACGGAGUCGCGAGACGAACUGGUAAAGUUGCUCAAGAUGGUUUCUAACCUUCUGAACUCGGACGUCACCGCAGACAACCUGUCAGACCAAAUCCAGGAAAUUCUGACACAGAAGCAGCAUUUCUCUGAUAAAUAUGCUGAGUUGAUGGGCGCAAAUGAAGAUCUUCGCAAGCAACUGGAGCUCAAGGGCAAUGACACCGAUCGUGUUGACGAGCUUACUAAGAGCAACACGGAGAAAGAGGCAAAGGUGAACGAGCUUGCUGUCUUGGUUGCUACACUUGAAGACACUCUCAACCAGAGAGAGGAGCAGAUCAAGAAGAAGGAAGCGCUUGUUGCGGAGAUUUCGGCCGAGAAGGAGAAGAGUGUUCGCCUCGUGGAGGAGCUUGAAGAGCAGAUCACCAGCAGUUUCGAUCAGCACCACAACCGUCUCUCCAUUAUACAGCAGGAGCGUGAUCAGGCCCUGGAGGAUGCAAAGGCGAAAAUUGUUACUUACGAGACGGAUAUCGAAACUUACAAAGUACGAAUUGAACAGCUUGAGCUUCAAAUCAAGAAUAGCUCAGGCCAGGAUUCUACCUCCCACGAUCGCAGCAGCUCUAUCACCUCUAACUUGCGGAAGAGCUCAUCUGCGACAUCCCUCCCAUCCCCACCACCUGCUAUUCCCCUUCCGCCUCUCCCUACCAUUGCUUCCGCUACCAACGGAACCUCUGGUAGCAUCUCUCCCCCAAGCUCUCGUCACGCUAGCAAAGAAUUGGCCAAUACCCAGGUCGUCGAGGACCAGGAGGCUCGUAUUCGAACCAUAGAGAAGCAUCUCUACGCUGAGAAGCAGCUCACCGCUACUCUGGAAGAAGCUCUCGGAGACCUUGAAGCCCAAAGUAACAAGGUCAAAUCUGACUGUGAGGCUUGGAAGAAGAAGGCCUGGCAGCUGGAGGAGGAGCUGACCACUCUUCGCAAAGAACGCAACUCUCAGCGCCUGUCACUCCAAGCUGUGGAAGAGGAGAGAAAUGCUCGCCGCGAAGCUGAAGCCGCUAGAGCCCAGCUUGAAGAGCGUAUGAAUGCGCUUAACAAGAAGAAAAAGAAGAGCACCCUCAACUGCUUUUAAUUUUUGGACUUGCAGGUUCGUUCUUCUUAUCUCAUAGAUUUGUUGUUUUGUUUGUUCCUUAAGAGAUGAUGUUCAUUCCCCUGUAUUAUGAAUUCGACGCCGAUUCCCCUUGUUCGAUUCGCGAUACCUUUUUCCCUUUCUCAUGUGUGUAUUCGCACUAUUUUCUCUAUUUACCCCCCAUGCCCGUCUCUCCCUCUUUUUUGCAUUACGAAUCCUGCCUCAUGAUGUGUUUCUGUGUGGUUUAUUGGCUUAGCCUGAUGUUCGUACGUCUAUACAUACCGGAUGUUAGGCUGAACAAAUGGCGCUGAGCGAUGUGUAUAUAAAGACCGUCAUAUGACAGUUUUGGACAGUUCA